UAUAACUAUCCACAAUGGCCCCACCAAAAGCUGAAAAGAAGCCUGCCUCUAAAGCCCCAGCUGAAAAGAAGCCAGCUGCUAAGAAGACUGCCUCUUCUACCGACGCUAAGAAGAGAACCAAGACCAGAAAGGAAACUUACUCUUCGUACAUCUACAAGGUCUUGAAGCAAACUCACCCAGACACCGGUAUUUCUCAAAAGGCCAUGUCCAUCAUGAACUCCUUUGUUAACGAUAUCUUUGAAAGAAUCGCUUCCGAAGCUUCCAAGUUGGCUGCCUACAACAAGAAGUCCACCAUCUCUGCCAGAGAAAUCCAAACUGCCGUUAGAUUGAUCUUGCCAGGUGAAUUGGCUAAGCACGCUGUUUCUGAAGGAACUAGAGCUGUCACCAAAUACUCUUCUGCUUCCAACUAGGCGGACUAGUGUUUCAAUUCUUUUUCUUCAUCGUAUUUUUAAUGUUUGUAUAGGUUGAGUGUAUAUUAGUCUUAAUGAAAGGAAUAGUUAUUAU